AUGCGUAAAAAGAACAUUUUUGUACGUUUUGUAGGGUACUUGGCGAGACGGUUUAGGGUUCUUCAGGAGGUAUGGAUACUCCCGUGGUGGGGGAGUGGGGGUUUGGCCUCUGUGCCCUUGUUGACUUUGGACAUAGUGAUUCUGGUAACGAAGCUGGUGUCGACCUGUGCCGUUGCAAUUGUAAGGAUUUUUAUACCGCCAGCAAUGAAAAGCUUGUGUGGAGAGACUGUACUGAUAACUGGAGCAGGCCAAGGCAUCGGUCGCGAGCUCGCGUUACAAUUUGCUGAACUUGGUGCAACCGUCAUCUGCUGGGACAAUGACGCGAGGCGGAUCAGAGCCAUUGUUGAAGAGAUACGGAAGAAAGACGGUGAUUCCUAUGGCUUCACGGUAGACGUAACAGUGCGGGAUCAGGUUGCGUCGCUGGCGGCAUGCAUGCGACGCCAGCUCAGCGAAGUGUCCAUGAUCGUGAGCAACGCCGGGGCGCUAACUUGUGCGCCACUCACCCACCUCAGCCCUGAGAGGAUAGCGAAACUGAUAGAAGUUAAUUUGCUAGCGCACUUUUGGUUGAUCGAAGCGUUUCUGCCAAGUAUGAUAGAAAGGCGUCAUGGACACAUCGUUGCUAUAAACUCGAGCUCCGGACUAAUGCCUUGCUCCGACAUGGUGCCGUAUUGUGCUUCUAAGUUUGGACUAAGAGGUCUAAUGGAAUCAUUGUCGGAAGAGUUACGAUUGGAUACUUGGACAAAAAAUAUAAACACAACGUCUGUAUACUUAGGGACGGUGUCUACGGGGUUAUACCCACCGCCGUCUCACCGAUUUACGUGGUGGUAUUCAGAGAUCACUGCUAAAGAGGCUGCUAGGAUCAUCAUUGAAGGAAUUCGUAAAAACCGCAAAUGCAUAAGCAUACCAUCGUUCAUGAAAACAAUUAUUGCCAUAAACAACCUUAUGCCAUACAGAAUAAGGAUUAUAUUAACAGAUUUCUUCAACUACCCGCAUCGAGGAUGGUUUUGCUUUUGUUAAGAAUAACAUAGAAUUUAUAUACAAUUUGUUAUUUACUCUAAAUUUACAGUGAGACGUCCAGUUUCUGAAA